AUAUUAAAUCAAUUUUUUAUUAGCAUCAACUCUCAACUUCUCUUUAAUUUAAUACGAAUUACCAAAUCAAUUCUUUAUCAUCAUUGAGAAUUCUUCUCUAACUUUUAAAAAUGCAAAAUUUUAUGUCAAACCCCUGCAUAUAAUCUGGGAAGUCUCCUCUUACUCUCUCUCUUUCUUAGUUUCUCUCUCUGCCUGACCUUCCAUCUUUCUGGAUCUGGGUUUUUCAGCCGAGCUUCAUUUACAAAAAGCUAGACUAUUAUGGAUGGGUUACAUCAGGUUUUGAUUAAGAAAGUUGCUUGUUUGAGUUAGAUGCAGAUUGAAGGAAUUCACAUGUUUGUCUCUGCUACAUGAAAAUCUGUAAGUAUUUGAGUUUUGAUUGAUAUUUUUUGGAAAUUUGAAGACCAAGUAUUAUUCCCAGAUCAGUUUUCUUCAGUGAAGAUCCUCCACAGUUUUCCUGAUGUGGGUUUUUGAAAUCUAAUGAUUUGCUGGUCUAUUACAUAGUUGUAUAGUUGCUAUACUAGCUUCAUGGCUAGUGGUGAUGUAAGGAACCCCUUGCUUUCUGGGUUAGUAGACCCUGUACCUCAAUUGAAUAGUGCAUCCACCCCAAGGAGAAGGAGAUUUCGCCGUGUUAAAAGUGCUCCUUUAAUUGAUUUGGGUUCUCCUGAUGUAAUUGGUGAACGUUCACUUCAACGAUCAGAAUCCAUUUUUCAGAAUCUUCAUCCGAGUUUCAGAAAGGUUGCCUUGUACCUGGUUGUCUACUUAGGUUUAAGCACAAUAUGCUUCUACCUUGUUAGGGAUCAAAUUUCAGGGAAGAAAACCAAUGGAUUUCUUGACUCUUUAUAUUUAUGCAUCGUGACCAUGACUACUGUUGGCUAUGGAGAUCUUGUACCUAAAAGUGAUGCCACAAAAUUAUUUGCCUGUGCAUUUGUGUUCACUGGAAUGGCUCUUGUUGGGCAUAUUCUGACAAAAGCUGCAGAUUAUUUGGUUGAGAAGCAAGAAAUCUUGCUGGUUAGAGCUUUACAUAUGCGUCAAAAAGUCAGUCCAACUGACAUUCUGAAUGAGAUUGAAACACACAGGGCGAAAUAUAAAUGUCUCACUGCCUUUAUUCUUCUUAUAGUGCUCAUCUUUAUCGGUACAAUCUUUCUUGUUAAAGUUGAAAAACUGGACAUUGUUGAUGCAUUUUACUGUGUUUGUUCCACAAUUACUACAUUGGGAUAUGGAGAUGAAAGCUUCAAGACUGCAGCAGGGCGGAUCUUUGCCGUGUUUUGGAUAUUGACAAGUACUAUUUGUUUAGCUCAGUUUUUCCUUUAUGCUGCUGAGCUAAACACAGAGAACAGGCAGAAGGCACUUGUGAAGUGGGUGCUCAAUAAGAGGAUAACGAAGUUAGAUCUGGAGGCAGCUGAUCUGGAUGAUGAUGGCGUUGUGGGGGCUGCUGAGUUCAUAUUAUACAAGCUCAAAGAGAUGGGUAAGAUUAGCCAAGAAGACAUUUUGCUUGUAAUGAAAGAAUUCGAGGAUCUCGAUGUUGAUCAGUCAGGCACUUUGUCGAAUUGUGACAUAAUGCUUGCUCAAUAAUCUAAACGUGACCAAAUAAUUGUUGAGACCAUCCAAUUUCUGUGUUUUAUCACAUGCUUGAGGUUGACCGUUCCUUCA